CGAAUAUAUAUAUACGAUAUAUAACACCGAGCCACGCAAACAAAGUGUAGGAAGACACUGUAAACCUGGCCUGGAGCAGGAACAGCAGCUGUAAACUAUGGCCAAUGUUAAUUAAAAGCGAAUGGCAACAGAAACAGAGAACAGGCUUCAAAACCCAUGUGUCUGUAAGCGCUGCGACAAACAUAAAUCAAUCACUCGUAGUACAAGAGCAACAUGUAGUGGGAUAAGCUGUAUUGCAUACGCUAUAAGGACUAUUUCGAUAUACCAUGUUAAUGACUAUUUACAUGGCGCAUGAAAAAUGGCCAUUUGUUUUCAAUCAAAUUGAAUCGAGUAGAGAAUGGACAACAAAAGCAACAGCAGCAUCAACAACAACAGAAAUGCAACAAGAAAGCAUUUGGAAAUGACUUAAAGCCGCUUAUCGAAAAGAAACAAAGAGAAACCAAAACACACACACACGUAGACAAAUUAAGCAAAAGCCUCAACGACAUAAGCUCCAACAAGCUAACGGACAACACGGCGUAUGCGUGAUUAAUUGCAGUUUAAACACAAACAGGAAUCCCGCAAGGACGAAAACUCUGACAAAAUGUUGCCAACAAAUGUGAUGACUUUUAUGAAAAAGAUGGUGGCCACAGAUGAGCAGACCAACGAGCGGCAACAGCAUGCAACAGAUUCCGGCGGUGGCGCCUCUAACACGGGCGCUUUAAACAAAAUGAAGGCAACGCUCUCCUCAUCGCUGCUAACCGUGACAGAUAAAGUUAAUAAAAUGUCGCCACGCCCCUCGCUGGUACCAACAGAUGCGGAUACCAGCGGCAGCUAUGGCUCUCCCAGUUACCAACAGCAGCAGCAGCAGCAGCAACAGGAGGCCAGCAGCAAUCUGAAUAACAACAAUAAUAAUUCGGCGGGUGGAGGCGUUGGCGCCGCUGCGGCCAAACAGGAGCCCGGUCGCCGAGCAGGCGCGUGUAGGGUGUGCCUCAAGUCAUUCAAGCCGGAUGACUACCACAAGACGUGCUUCGAGUGCCAGCAGCGGGUGUGUGAAGAUUGCGCCAGCUACAGCAAGCUUGACGAGCACGAGGAUGCGAACAUGUGGCGCUGCAGUGUUUGCCGUCGCAAAAUGGCCUCGAGGGUGUGCAUACCACAGGACUCGACGGACUCAACGCUGGAUGUGCCCGUGCUGGAGGCACUGCAGCGUCGCCACUCGGAUGCCAAAUUGGGCAGCAGCACACAGACGCUGGCACCGAGCAAUGGAGCCGCCUUGGCACCACCACGCAGUCCAGAGCUGCGACGACAUUCAGAUGUUUCACCUGCAUCCCUGAAGGAGCUCGAGCGCCAGCUGAAAGGCGGCCGCAGCAUGGCACCCAGUCGCUCGAAUAGCCCGCCGCGCGGCAGCGAACUGGAGCCCGCAUUCGGUGCGCCCCUCUCACGGAUGCAGUCACGUCGCGGCUCCCGUGUCUCGCGUCAGCACAGCUACGACGAUGAUAUGCAGAAGGGUGGCGUCGGAGGUAGCAUGGGCGGUGGUGGACCCGCAUUGGGCAUGGGACCUGAUGCUGCAGGUCUCGGCAUACCGGCAAUGCCGCGCAGGAAAUCAGCAUACGACGUCUUUGCGCCGGGAGUGUUGCAGGGUGCAGCAGCAGGCGCGCAGCAGCAACGUUCGCCGUGCGAUGGAGCCGGUGGUGGCAUGAUGUUGCCAGGGCAGCUGCCAGGGUCGCGACGUCCCUCGUUUCGUGUGCCGCAUCCCUCGGAGGAUAUGCAGAACGAUGAAUCUCCCGGCUCACCGGAUAAGGGCAGCCCCGUGCUAACUGUGGACGAUGAUCGGCGUAUGAGGAGACGCGGCUCGCAACUUCCGGACAUUGCGGCGCUGCAAAAUCGCGGUGCAUUGCCAACGGGUUUACCGGCUUCGAUACCAGCACCAAUGGCCUCGUUUACUGGUCCCAAUUUGGAGGAUUUGGAGGCGCCGCGCAGGCAAACGUCCAUGGAUGGGGAGGCCAUACGUAUUGUCAUACACGAUGUUGAUUCCGGUCCUAUAUGUGCAUCAAAGCGUCGCAUUAUUCUGCGCCGGGACCCAACGGAUAAGGCACAUCGCACACGAGGCUUCGGCAUGCGCGUUGUUGGUGGCAAGACCGGUACCGAUGGACGGCUAUUUGCCUACAUUGUCUGGACGGUGCCUGGAGGUCCGGCUGAGAAAAAUGGCCUGCAGCAGGGCGACAAGAUACUCGAAUGGAAUGGCAUGUCACUUAUCGACCGCAGUUUUGAGGAGGUAUGUUCCAUAAUGGAUCGAACCGGGGACAUUGUGGAGCUGCUGGUGGAGCAUGCCACCGAUUUUCGCAUGUGCGAUCUUUUUGAUGAGAAUCUGCCGCCUGGCAAUAGUGGCGGUCAGAGCGGUCCUCGACGUUCUGGCGAUGGUCCUGUCGGACUGGGACUUAUAGCGGACCCCGAAUCCAACACAGACAAAUCACCAGCAUCGCCAACUAGACGGAAAUUACCAAAAACUCCGGAGCAAAUAGCACGGGAGAAAAUGGUCAGCGGCCGUGUACAAAUACAGGUGUGGUAUCAUGCGGAACGCAGCGAACUGGUCGUAUCCCUAAUGGCUGGCGAUGAUCUGGCCCUACGCGAUGAGGCCUAUGGCCAUGGGAAUCUACCAGAGGCAUAUGCCAAAGUUCGCAUAUUGCCCAAGUGCGGCGAUGGCAGUGUGCAACAGACGGAAGUCAGUCGACCCACACAGAACCCCAUUUGGAAUGCAACGUUGACCUUUGCGCAUGUGAAGGCCGACAGCUUGAUGGAUCGCUAUAUUGAUAUACAGCUGUGGGACCUGGUGCCGCACACGGAGUCCAUAUACCUUGGUGAAUGCAACAUUGAGCUGCAGCAGGCUUUUCUCGAUGACCAGGCCAUCUGGUGCCGUCUGGAGGAUCCCAAGGGACUGCGUGGCAUUAGCAUUAGCAAGUCGCCAAGCGUCUCUCCUCGUGGUUCCAUUGCCGCCGGAGCCGGUGCACCAUGUGGCGAUGUUUCACGUUUACUUCGCCGGGACUACAAUAUGCAGCGUUCCAUAUCGGAUGAGGUGGAUUCGAUUGGGGAUGGUGCAUCAUUACUACAUCCAGAUCAUGCCUACAUAGCGGGCUCACGACGCGGCUCAUCUCAAUCGGAGACCAUGGAGGUGGAGGUGUAUCAGCUGGGCAAGGACUUCUCGCGCUCGUUGCCGGGUUCGCGUCGCUCGAGUUUUCAGGAUGCCGAAAAGAAUCGGCUGGAGGAGGAUGCCAUGGCCACGCCGCCCACAUCCUAUCUUGUGGGACGGCGUCGCUCCUCGGUGGCGCGACGCGAUCCGGAUGAGAUCUUGAAAUCCUUAAAGGCUGUGCGCGGCGAACUUGGACGCACCAUGAGCUUAGGCACCGAGCAGCACAAACGCAUUGGUUCACGACGUUCCAGUCGUGUUGGCCUGCCCAGUGGUCCCAACAGUCGGAAGAGCUCGGUAUUGGAUUUAUCGCAGCAGCAGCAACUACAAUUGCAACAAUUGCAGCUUCUACAACUACAGCAACAACAACAAAACCAACAACACCAGCUGCCAAUUGGCAUUGGCACCACGGAGACCAGUCCACCGUCCGAUGAUGAAGACAAACGCUUUCGGCCACGUUGGAAAGGUUCGGGCACACAGCUGCCGCCACAGAGCGCCAAGCAGGCAUUGUCCCGGCUCAAGCAGGCCGCUUCCGUUUCGAAUGUGGCGCAGGAGAAGCAAAACCUGCUGCUGGGCAGCAACCUGGGCGACAGCGGCCAGCAAAAACAAUUGCGCAAGGGUAGCAUGGUUAAUUUGCGUGGCCAGGACUCACUCUCCGCCGGGCAACAGCAGCAGCGCAAAGGCAGCAUGUUCCAGUUGAGCGAGCCACAAUCGCAAUCGCAAUCGCAAACGCAGCUGCAGCGCAAGGGCAGCGUCUAUGUGCCCUCUGCCAGCGACACGCCCCCGCUGAGCACGCCCCCGCUGGGCACGCCAACGCGUAAGGGAAGCGUCUAUCAACGCACCAGCACGGAUAGCGGCACGAACAGUUCCCAAAGGAAGGGCAGCGUCUAUCAACGCCCCAGUACGGACAGCAGCAUGGAGAGUCCACAGCGAAAGCAGAGCAUGGUUAAAACCCUGAGCGGCAGCUAUGCCAACGUCAACGUCGCCGCCAUUACGGGCAGCGAGUCCAGCUACGGCCUCAAGUUGGGGCCAAGCCAAAUACAUCCCAAGGGUUAUCGCCUAACCACGGCGCGUCAUGGUGAGCUGAAAAUGGGAUUCGUGAAAAUCAAAGGAAAUGUCGAGGUGGAGCUUAUUUGUGCCCGAAACAUUGUGAACGAGGAUUGCGAGACGCCGCCAGACACCUACGUCAAAUGCUAUAUUAAAGAUGGCGAUCGAUUGCGGCACAAGAAGAAGACGCGCGUCGUGCGCCACGCUGCGGAGCCAUUUUACAAGCAGACCAUCAAGUACCAGAGCGCUGAUGUCUUUGGCCGGAAUAUUGUCAUAAUGGUGUGGCAACGUUGUGUGGGAUUCGAGCACAAUCAGGGAUUGGGCGGCACGGAAGUGAAUUUGGACAAAGUGAACAUUGGCCAGCACAUCACUGGCUGGUAUCCGCUCUUUCCCAUGCACAGCUAUGGCGGCUCGGAUUCCGAUAAUUCUCCUUGACCGAACACGCGAGUGCGAGCGACAACAGAAACAAUAAAAUUGAAAUGCAUAACACCAAUGUUUAAUGAUAUGCUACUGCUUAAAGUAAAAGCUCAAUUUGUUAGUACCUAAGACACGGGCCACGCUAAAAAAAAAAAAAAGAAGAAACUAUUUGUUAUUUAAUCAAGUUAUAAAACCAAACCGCCCCGCCCCCAGAAAUAUAUAAGUAUUUGUCCCUUAAUAGUUUAUAGUUAAAUGAGCUUGAUAGCAAUUUGCGAUAUGUUAAAACUAUAUAGUAUUUGGUGAGAGAGCUUUGUUAGUAUGGUACAGUUAUGGAGAGCACAAUAAUUGAGAAAUGUGAGUACCAAAGAAAAAACCACAACAAAUAUAGAACUACGUACAAAACAUACAUACC